ACAGCAUCCACUAGCUCUCCAAGAGGACCAGGUGCCUCCGACGCCGCUUUCUGCGGGUCGGCCCGAGGGCUUGACCCCGGCGCUGCGGUGUGGCGGAUGCUCCCGUGCCGGGGCCGUGGACUCCCCGCCCGGGGACUCCCCGCCCUUGCGCGCGACCCCGCGCCCGGGCGGGCGGCGCUUGCGGCGGGCAGGGGGCGGGUAGGGCAGCCUGGACUCGUCCUGGGGUAGCCGCCUCCUCUGCAUCCUGCCCGCGCAUCCUGGAGCCCAGCCGCAUCCUCCGCCUCUGCCUCUGGCGGCUGCCAGCCUCUCCCUCGCGCCACCUCGGCCUCCCGCUGCCCCCGCCCCCGCGCCCCCGGUGGCUGUGCCUCGGCGGAGCCCUGAGGGGGCCUGUGGCUCGUCGGCCGCCCGCUCGGCUCGACUUGGCCGGGAGGCGUGCAUGCCCCUGCAGCCCGCGGCGUUCAUCAGCAGCAUGCUCUAUUUCCAGAUGGUGAUCAUGGCAGGGACGGUGAUGUUGGCGUACUACUUCGAAUACACGGACACGUUCACUGUGAACGUGCAGGGAUUCUUCUGCCACGACAGCGCCUACCGCAAGCCCUAUCCGGGCCCAGAGGACAGCAGCGCCGUGCCCCCUGUGCUCCUCUACUCGCUGGCCGCUGGCGUCCCGGUGCUCGUGAUAAUAGUUGGAGAAACUGCCGUGUUUUGCCUACAGUUAGCAACAAGGGAUUUUGAAAACCAGGAGAAAACUAUUUUAACUGGAGACUGUUGCUAUAUAAACCCACUGGUACGCAGAACUGUCCGAUUUCUUGGAAUUUAUACGUUUGGACUGUUUGCUACAGAUAUCUUUGUAAAUGCUGGACAAGUGGUCACAGGCAACCUGGCUCCACACUUUCUGGCCUUGUGUAAGCCCAAUUACACAGCUCUUGGGUGUCAACAGUACACACAGUUCAUCAGUGGGGAGGAAGCGUGCACAGGCAACCCAGAUCUCAUCAUGCGAGCAAGGAAAACCUUCCCAUCCAAAGAAGCUGCCCUCAGUGUCUAUGCUGCCAUGUAUCUGACGAUGUACAUUACGAACACUAUCAAAGCCAAAGGCACCAGACUUGCUAAGCCUGUUCUAUGCUUGGGAUUAAUGUGUUUGGCCUUUCUUACUGGACUCAACAGAGUAGCAGAAUAUCGAAAUCAUUGGUCGGAUGUGAUAGCAGGCUUUCUAGUUGGAAUAUCUAUAGCAGUAUUUCUGGUUGUGUGCGUGGUAAAUAAUUUCAAAGGAAGACAACCAGAAAAUGGGCACAUGCACAGGGACAGUGUGGCCCGGAUGCCGAUGAUCAACAUUCCUCGAGUAGAAAGCCCUUUGGAAAAAGUAGCAUCUGUGCAGAACCACAUCACUGCCUUUGCGGAAGUCACAUGAUAUUGAAACAGAUGGUUUUUCCCUGCACUGGACGUCAUCCCUCUUUACCAUCCAUUCAUAAGAAGGUUUAUUUGAUUACGCGGAAAUUUAUAAAGUUGCCUGAGACUUUUUAUAAAUUUAAAACUCAAUAGCACCCUCUCUGCUCCACCCCCGCCCCGGUCCCCCACUAGACUGUGAGCUCCUCAAGAGCAGGACCAUGGCUUUCUUUUCUGUAUCCCCAACACCUACCACCUAGCACAAAGUGUGGGUGUUCAGUACAAACAUGAUGACAAAAUGAACAAAUUAAUUCUUAAAUAAAAUAGUCGCUUUAGUUUCUCAAAAGAAUCUCUGUGACUAUGUGAAAAGAAAUCUCCAUGUGGGUUAUAUUUGUAUAAAAGAGAAACCCUCUAUUUUGGACUCGUUAAGCCUUUUUAAUUUUUCAUAUAUCUAUUCAACAGUACAGCAUAUUUAAUUUGAAGUUAAUUUUGAAAGUCACGGGGGCUUUUUUAUUAUGCAGCAUGACAUUUUUUCCAUUCUAACAGAUUUCAGCGUGUGAAAUCAUUUUACUUUUAGAAAGUAUGUCCUAUACUAAAUUGUUUGCUCAUUAUAUUAUUCUGUAUUUCACUUAAAAUACCAUUCAUACUACACAUUCUAAGACUGGUGCUUCUGCUUUUAAAGGGGAAAUUGCCAAUUUUUAUUGUCACUAAGUAAUGUAUCAUAAUUAAAAUUAUUUAUUUGGACUUUUUCUUUGACACUUGUGAUUUAAUGGUUUGAAUGCAGCAAUAUUUGGAAUACAUUAAGGCAAACCAGCCAUGAUACCAUAUUAUUGAGUAACUUUCCAUCAUUAACAGUGUCUCAAGAUUGGCUGUAGUCCAGUCGUAAGCUUUCUUACUGAUCAAGAAUUCAAAUAAUUUAAGUGAGAAUGAACCACAUCUUACCAAACAAUUAUGUAGAUGCUAGAAAUAUGAUUAAUAUAUUUUUGUAAUUGUCUAAUACUUUAGUUAAUAUGUAUUUAUAUUUACUUUAUCAUUUGAUCCUCACAGUAAUCCUGUACAAAUAUUGAAAGAUCCCUUUAUUUACACACAAGAAAAACGAAGCCAAGACUGAUAACAUGCCCAAUCCCAUACCUCUAAUCAAGCAGAGAGAAAAAGCUGAAAUUCAGAAUUACCCUGGAUUUGCAUUUUUCCCCUUAAAUAUGCCACAACUGCCUCAUUAAAUGUGUACCUUAUAUUAAUGAACAUAAACACAUUUUUCAAACACAAAGCUAUCUAGGGUUCUAUUCAUAGUUCUAGUGUCUGGAUGUGAGGCUCUUUGUAAAAGGGAAGCCCAAAUCAAGUGUCUUCAUUCUGUAUCUCAGCUGCCGUUCAGGAAAGAGGCCAAGGGACCAACUUUACAGCGUCCACGUGGAACUGAAAAGAAAGAAUAUAAGGAGAAUCGAGCAAAGAGUCACUUUGCAUCUCUAAAGCUAACCCAAGAUGCUUUGACUUAUAUGUGUGGAAAUUGAUUAAAAAAAAUCUUUCUAGUCUUGAAAAAUAGUUGAAAGUAAACAUUUAAUUUACCCUCUAAUCAGCAAAUAAUUAAAACCAAAGACUUUUCCGUUACUUACAAAUGGAUUUCAUUUGUCCAAUUCCAAUCCUGCAAGAGUCAAAACACUUCCAACUAAGAGCCAAAUAAAGAAAUUCCCUUUUUAUAAAAAUUGAGAUCUCUACAGCAAUUCAAUUCUUUUUGGCAAUUUAGAACAAGCUUUCGUGUCUUGACCUUUUAAAGGCAUUGUUUUAGAAAGCACUAGAAAUGGGCAGUUUGGUUCCAGAAUAAAGGGUAUGAGCAUAAUACCAAGCAAAGGCCAGGUGACUGGUUGGGCUUCUACGGUUGUUUAAUUCUGGUGGUUCUACACCCACUUUAGAAGGACCCAAGAAAGAAUGGUUUUCCCCUUGGAAACCAUUAUGUAAGGACGUCAAGGUCAGUGAAGAUUUGCACCUUCCUAAACCUGGUCACUAUAAAAGAGUUAUGAAUUAAACAACGAAACAGUAUCAGAGUGAAAAUCGCUCCUACUAUUUAAGCAUCAAGAAAGUUGUGCAAUUAUAAAAUCCAGGAAAAAUUAAAGUUGUGAGAAUAGAGCAAACCCAGCAAAGAUUACUUAACCAUGAUGCUAUUACUGAGAAUAAUGGAAAACAUAUUUGAGAAAAACGUUAAAAACAAUGACAAAAGCUGGUGUUCAGUGGUGCAGCACUUGUUGAGCAUGCACAGGCCCUGGGUUCAAUCCCCAGGAUUUGUAAAAGAAAGCACUAAUCUCGAUAUAUACAUAUGUACAUACAUAGUCUAGUAAAAGCAGGCAAUCCCAUACAUUUCUGAUAGAGACCCUCAUUUUUAUUCCUCUUCCUUGGAGCCCAGGUCAGUGUAAAUUGUACCAACUGAAAACUUCAGUAGCCUCUGUUUGCAUGGCAGAAAUUUCGCACAAGUCUUAUCCGAUGCCUAAGGUAACUUAAAAGAGUCUUUUAUGUUAAAAGAGAAGUGAACCUUCUUUGACAGACUUUGUCUAUUCAACUUCUAACUGGGCCUCUCUUUUUCUCAGGAUCUAUCCUAGCCAAAUAUCUUGGUUACAUUUUCCAUAGCUUCCUUUGUGAGAGAACAGUGGGGGAGGGAACAAUUCUCUGCUGUGUAUUGUAUUUUUCAAAUAAAAAUUUAAAAAUUAAA